CCACAUCUCUCAAUAGAAUUACGUAUAAAGGCAACAUGCCAUCAAAAAAAUCAUUGGCCGAUGAAAUUGCAGAUCUCGAUAUUACUGCACCAAAGGAUUUUGAUCCCGAGGAUAUUACCGAGCCCUUAAACGACCACUUUGCCAGCGAUGACGAAGGGGAAGAAAACGAUGAUUCUGGUGCCCGAGAUCAUUAUGUCAGUGUUGGAAAGAGUGCGUUACGCAAUCAGCAGUUUUUGCUCGACGAUCCAAGAUAUUCGGGCAAACGAACAAGUCGUAAGGAACUGUAUUCUUCGGAUGAAGAAGUGAUGCAAGACGAUUGGAAGAACGACAAUGACGACGACGACGACGAACUAUCGGACGACGAUGAGUUGGAAUUGGCUUUGAAUCAAGACGAAGCAUCAGAAGUAUCCGAAGGCGAUGACAUGGAUGAUCAAAAUGACGACUACGACGACGACGAUGUCGUGGAAGAGCAAGAGGCUUCUGAAGACGAAGCUCUCAAAGAUGAACUUCGAAAGAUUGAACAAGACGAGAGACAAAUGAUUUCACAAAUUUCCAAGAGCGCUCAAAGCGACGUUGAGAAAGGAAAACAUGUUCGUCAACAGCUGACACUGUGGGAAAACUUUUUGGAAAGCCGUAUCCGGGUUCAAAAAAUGGUCGAUGUAGCCAACCAGUUGCCUCAGCAUGAUACAUGGGCUGCGUUUGUUGAAAAGGAAGACGUUGACGAGGAUUUGGCAGCGACCAAGGAGCAAUUAAGAGAAGUGACGGACGAAUUGAUGGAAUUGCGUACAGCGUUACUGGAACAGAAUGAUUCUAUGGAUUUGAGCGAGUGCUCAUGGAACAGCCGGAAACGUCAUCUGGACGAUGAUGAUGACGAGGGAUAUCUUGAGAGUUUGUGGCAAGAUAUCUCUGAAGUGAACAAUGUGUUUGUUCCUUUCCGGAAUUCCACCUUGGAAAAAUGGAGCAACAAAGUGCAAGCUGCGUCGGGCGUUCGCUUGAACAAGAAAUUCAAGGCGUUUGAUCAGAAUAUCAUGACACAGAUCGACCAUUUGAUGGCGGAUAAAGCGAAUCUGGUGAAGCGCACUCAGUUGCAACGAUCCGAUUAUCCCGUUUUGGGAAAACAAGUCAAAAAUGACGAGGAAGACAAGACAAACGAAAGCGAGUCGGCAGACCAAGAUGCAAAGGAUCGCAAGGCGGACCGUCAUUUGACGACAUACGAUGAAGAAAUCUUUGACGAUCACGAUUUUUACUCGCAGUUACUACGAGAGUUGAUUGAAUCACGUAUGGUGGAUACCGAAGAUCCCAUUGCUAUGGGUAUGCGAUGGGCAGCACGCAAACAAGCAGAAGGCAAGAAGAAGAAGAAGGCGGUAGAUACAAAGGCGAGCAAGGGUAGAAAAUUAAGAUUCAAUGUUCAUGAAAAGAUCCAGAACUUCAUGGCUCCGAUACCAGCCGGUACUUGGCAUGAGGAGAUGACGGAUGAGUUAUUCUCCUCUCUACUAGGUCAAAGAAAAACGACGCUUGGCGAAGAACCUGUAGAAGUAGCAUAAAUUGCAUCCUCAUAUUACUCAAAAUCCCAUACAUAUUCAUAUGCCCUCAUUAAAAAAAGUUUUCUUGAUUGACGCUCUUUGAAUCGAAUCCUUUUGAUCUGUUUUGUGCGCGAAUUGAUAGCGUGUGGCUCGUUAUACUAUGUACCGCACUCGACUCUGCAAGCGCAAAUGAGAUGCAUACAGUAUCACUUUUUCACGGAGCUCAGCUUUGUAAUAUAACAAGUACUCAGUGGCCGAUACAAUGUGAACAGUGGUAAUAAACCGAAAUCAUGCAUAGGCAAAAAGAAAGAUCAAAUCAAAAAUGGCCACCUGGUCGGUG